CAAUUUAGAGUACACAUAUUUGAUGUUCUUUACCCUAUUUUGGCCCUGAAUUUAGAUUACACUUUCGACGGCGGCGGCGAACCGGAAGGUGUCUUGGGCUUUUGCGAGAAAGAAAACGGGUAAUUUUGGACACAGCUGGUUUUCGACCCAAAAUCCCAUUGAACCAUAGCAAGUUCGCAGCUUCCAUUAUCUGAUUUUACGUUUCUCUCUGCUUAGUUCGUGGUCUGGCAAGCAAUUAUGCUUCUGUAAUCCGCGAUGGCUCUAAUACACAGUCGUUUAUGCCAAGCCACGAACUUCUUCGAUACAUUUCAAACUUCCUUCCCUGAAUUCCAUGGCUCUCGCGUUUUCCUCAAGUACGGUUCGUCGAUUGUCUUCAGAAACCGCUCUUUCUGCUCUCCGUUUUAUGCGUUUACGACGGAAAAAUGUUCCAAUCGAAUUCCGUAUGGGAGUUUAAGCACGCAAACACCCAUUUCCAGAUAUGAUUUGAGGAGGAAUUUCUGUCGUGCUAAUUGGAUAGAUAGGUGGAACGAAACCGCGAAACAAAAUCGUCCAAAACCACCUCGCGCCGUGUUGGACUAUCCCAGUAGCGAUGACAAUGAAGUUUCUAUUUCACGUUCAGAUUUUUCGAAGAGUUAUAGAGGUGUUAGUAGUAGGAUUGAUGAUGAUGGAAGAGGGGGAAGUACAAUGGAGAAGAUUGUGAGAAAAUUGAAGAAAUUUGGGUACAUGGACGAUGAGAAUAAAGAGAAGGGGCAAGAGAGAGCCGCCAUUGAAAAGGGGUCCGUGGAGGACAUAUUCUAUGUUGAGGAAGGAAUGUUGCCUAAUACUCGAGGUGGGUUUUCUAAGGAAUCUCCAUUGGGAGUUGAGGGCAUGUUUGGAAGUAAUGGAGAGGUUAGAUUUCCAUGGGAGAAGCCAAAAGAAAGGGAAUAUGCAGAUGGGGCUUCAACAAGGAGAAGGAACAUGGCAUCUUUGGCAGAAUUGACUCUUCCUGAGUCAGAAUUGAGAAGGCUGAGGAACUUGACAUUCAUUAAAAAGCACAAGAUGAAGAUAGGCGGUGGAGGAGUGACUCAGGCUGUUGUGGAUAUCAUUCAUGAAAAAUGGAAAUCUUCUGAGAUUGUGAGGCUUAAAAUUGAAGGUCCUCCUGCGCUUAACAUGAAAAGGAUGCACGAGAUAUUGGAGAGAAAAACUGGUGGACUGGUUAUUUGGAGGUCGGGAACUUCAUUGUCUCUAUAUAGAGGUGUAAGCUAUGAGCUUCCUGAAGCACCACAAUUUAACAAAUGGGUUUACAAGAGAAAUGAGAUAACUCCUGUUCCUGAAACGGAUGUCAGUACAAUAGUUCCUUCCGAAUCUUCUUCUGAUAGUAAUGUACACGAGCCACGAGAAAAAAGAGCAGAAACUUCGACAGAGGGUGAACAGUGCAGCGAACAAUUGACAGAAGUACAAGUGAAUUAUGAGGAUGAAGUAGACAAAUUACUGGAUGGUUUGGGUCCAAGAUACACAGACUGGCCAGGAUUGGAUCCUUUACCGGUCGAUGCAGAUAUGCUCCCGGGAGUAGUUCCUGAUUACAAACCUCCAUUUAGAAUUCUUCCCUAUGGAGUGAGAUCUUCUCUUGGAGUGAAGGAGGCUACAGCCUUGAGAAGACUUGCCAGAAGACUUCCUCCUCAUUUUGCACUAGGCCGAAACAGGCAGCUUCAAGGUUUAGCCAUCGCAAUGGCUAAAUUGUGGGAACGAAGUUCAAUUGCGAAAAUUGCACUGAAACGAGGUGUGCAGCUAACUACUAGUGAGAGAAUGGCUGAAGAGAUCAAGAAAUUGACAGGGGGCAUGCUUCUGUCAAGAAACAAAGACUUUCUGGUAUUCUAUAGGGGAAAGAAUUUCUUGUCACCUGAGGUCACUGAAGCUUUGUUAGAAAGGGAGAGGUUGGCGAAGUCUCUACAAGAUGAAGAAGAACAGGCAAGGUUGAAAGCAUCAGCCCUUGUGGUUCCUGGCCUUGAGAAAACAGAGCAAUCUGGCACUGCUGGUUCUCUAGAGGAAACACUAGAUGCUGAUGCUAAAUGGGGAAAGAAUCUGGACGACCAGCACAAGGAAAAAGUAAUGCGGGACGCCGAACGAUUGAGACAUGCCGAACUUGUUAGGAAGCUGGAACGGAAGCUUGCUAUUGCUGAAAGAAAGUUGGUGAAAGCUGAACGAGCGUUAUCUAAGGUAGAAGCGUUUAUGACACCAGCUCAGCGGCAGGCAGAACCUGAUAGCAUAACUGAGGAGGAAAGGUUUAUGUUUCGUAAGCUUGGUCUACGAAUGAAAGCUUUCUUGCUUCUAGGUCGGCGUGAAGUUUUCGAUGGUACGGUGGAAAACAUGCACUUGCAUUGGAAGUAUCGUGAAUUGGUGAAGAUCAUGAUAAAAGCUAAUUCUUUUGACCAUGUCAAAAAGAUAGCUUUGCAACUCGAAGCUGAGAGUGGGGGUGUCCUAGUUUCUAUUGACAAAGUCUCCAAAUCGUAUGCGAUAAUCGUUUAUCGAGGGAGGGAUUAUCAACGACCUUCUUUGCUGAGACCCAAGAAUCUUUUGACAAAGAGGAAGGCUCUAGCACGGUCGAUCGAGCUUCAAAGGCACAAGGCUUUGCUGAGACAUAUAUCAGCACUGCAGAGUAGCGUGGACAAACUAAGAUCCGAAAUCGAACAAAUGGAGACGGUGAAAGACGGAGGGGAUGAAGUAUUAUACAAUACACUGGAUUCUGCUUAUCCUACUGACAAUGAUACGGAGGAAGAAGACUUCGAUACAUAUAUGGAGGCAUAUGGCUCGGAUAGUGAUGCUGAAGAUCAAGAGAAUAUCAUGGCUGCUGACGAUUACAUGGAAGGGGAUUUUCCACAUGGAAUCCAGGUACAAGAAUCUGAGCUUGAAUAUGAGAGAGGUGGCUGAAUCACGUAUUUUAUAUCGAACGAUCUAUGAUUGACCCAAUAUGAAUGAAAACGAUCAUGUAUUUGAUAGAUCAAGCUAGGUUGAUCGAGUAGGUGUAAGAGUAAAUCAAACUAGAUGUUGGUUAAAAUAUUAUA